AAAUUUCUUUGAAAAAAUCCUUAUAAGAGAAGGAAAAAUCUAGGGGAAAUGAAUUUGGACAUAUUUCCCUAUCUGUCGGCAAUAAUUCCCCUCUCGCACACAUCGGAUCACACGCUCUCUCAUCUUUCGGAUUUGAGCUAUGGGAAAGAGGAAGGCAAAGGCGAAGCCAGCUCCGAAGAAACGAAUGGAUAAGCUUGACACUGUCUUCAGUUGCCCUUUCUGCAAUCAUGGCUCUAGUGUUGAAUGCCGCAUUGACAUGAAGAACUUGAUAGGGGAAGCUUCUUGCGGGAUAUGCCAAGAGAGCUUUAGCACUAACAUCACAGCUUUAUCUGAGGCAAUAGACAUAUACAGUGAGUGGAUUGAUGAAUGUGAACGGGUGAACACCGUGGAAGAUGAUGGUGCUUAGCAGGGAUGCUUGGAUUCCCUGUUCUGGUGGUUGUGAAUGUAGCAGCUGGCUAACAUUAUAUCGCCUCCAACCUGUAACUAUUCAGUUCCUCUUGUGAGCACUGAGGCAACUAUGAGAUUUGCUCUUAUCUAGAAACUGCAAAUUCCCAUUAGCAUGUAAAAAAGAACAUGAGAAUAAUCGGCCUAUGUUGAUGAAGCCACAUUGAUGGGAAGCUGUUAUUGAUACUGCAUGUGUAUAUUAUUGCAGAAUGCGUGUUGUUGCAUAUGUAAAAGUAAAACUCUUAUUUCUCUCUUUCCCUUUGGGAGUGACCUGGGGAUGAAGUUCCAUGGGCUUGUGUUUUGAUUCACCUGCAGUUGACAUUUAUUUUAUUACCUAGUCACCUUUUAUGUUUGAUAUCCUCUCUUGUUCCAAUUUGUUGAAAAUUAUUGCU